AUGCUCGAAUCUGACCAACACUGGCCCCUCUGGGGAGAGGGUUCCCUUGAAGGAGCCUUUGAACUCGAAACGCCGGGAGGCAAGAUCGACAAUGCAGUCGUUACUAGUGUCGAGAGACCUUUUCUUUUUGGAUAUCGCCCUGAAAAGGCUAACGGACGAGGAGUUCUUAUUCUCGGAGGAGGAGGCUAUGUUCAGCUUAUGGUUGGACGUGAAGGUGUUGCGGUGGCGAGGUGGCUGAACAGUCUCGGCUUCUACGCCUUUGUUCUCGUCCACCGAUUUCCAAACGCCGACACUGGUGCCCCGGCACCUCUAGAUGACGCGAGACGGGCAUUGAAGUUGAUUAUGGAGAGUGGGAAUGCUCCUCAAGGGCUGGGAAUAUGUGGUCUCUCCUCUGGCGGCCACCUUGGAGCCGCUUUGUUGGCCGAUUACCCACAAGCAUGGACUGCUCCCGACCCCGAGAUUCCUCGAGCUGACUUUGCAAUUCUCGGAUACGGACCAAUCUCGACCAACGCUGUCGGCCGCACAAUCAUCGCCGACAAGCCGCCUCUGCCGCCGGUGGAGAAGCAAUCUCUUUACGACAUUGUACAGCCAGACGUACAGAUCAAGUCUCCGGCUCCACCGACUUUUAUCGUCUACUCCAACAAUGACCCAGUCGUGCCUGUUGUUAACGCCUACCGGCUCGCUGAGGGAAUCACCAACGGUGGAGGAUCUGUGGAGCUUCAUAUCUUUGCUGACGCUCCUCACGGAUUUGCGCUUGACACCCCGAAUCUUCCUGUAUCCAAGUGGCCAUCGAUGUGUGAGGCAUGGCUUAGGCAGCAUGGUUGGAUAGAAUAG